AUGAACCAGACCGCAGGAGUGUCCAACCACUGCCACAGGCGCUCGUCCAUCGACGUCAAGGAUGUGGGGAGUGUUUCCAGCGAGAUGAACUGGAAGGGUGUGGGAAUCUCACUUCUGGUGAUCUCCAUUAUGCUGUCACUGAUCGUUCUGUCCAUCUUUCUGCUGUCUAAAGCGGAGGCCCAGAGCUCUGCUGGCUCCUGCCUGACCCUGGAUCAGCUGUUGUCCGUGGAGCUGCUCGAUCUCCAUCUGGACCCUCAGUGGGUUUCUGAUCAUCGACUCGUCUACAGAGACAGAUAUGGAGAUGUAAAGAUGCUGAAUAUGGAGUCCAGUCAGACCGAGACUUUAAUGAAGAAUUCCACAUUUACCCAGUUCAAGGCCUCCCGGUUUGCCGUUUCUCCAGACCUCACACAUGUGCUGCUGGCAUAUGAUGUCAGAAAGGUGUAUCGAUUCUCCUUCCUGGCAUCUUAUUUGAUCUACAACUUGCAGACAAGGGAAGUGCAUGAACUGAAUCCUCCAGAGGUCUCUAAUUGUCUUCUGCAGUUCGCCUCAUGGGGGAAUCACGGUCAACAGCUGGUCUUCAUAUUUGAGAAUAAUAUCUACUAUCGGCCGGACGUGAAGAGCAGCUCUCUCAGACUGACGUCUUCAGGGCGGGACGGCCUCAUAUAUAAUGGAGUGUCGGACUGGCUUUAUGAGGAGGAGGUCCUGCGCUCUGAAGUCGCUCACUGGUUUUCUCCAUCCGGAUCCAGUCUGGCUUUUCUCUCCAUCAAUGACACCCUUGUGUCCAACAUGCAGCUGCCGCUCUUCACCGGGACGCUUUACCCUGGCACAAAACACUACCCAUACCCGAAGGCUGGACAGAACAAUCCUGAAGUGACGCUGCAUGUGGUCAAUGUGAACGGAUCCACACACACCACACAACUACUGCAUCCGGACAGCUUACAGAGAAGUGCACUCUACAUCAGCAUGGUCCAGUGGGUCACAGAUGAGCGUCUGGCUGUUCGCUGGUUAAACCGUCCGCAGAACUGCUCCAUCCUCACACACUGCUGCACACACACUGGGAGAUGUGUGGUGAAGCAUAUCCUGACCUCAGACAGGUGGACGGAGCGUCAGAAUGAAAAGGCGGUGUUCUCUAAAGACGGAGCAGUGUUCUUCAUCACCACACCUGUCAGGAGCGGCGGCGGCGGGGCCUUCAGACACCUCAGCAUGAUGACCGAGCAGCCUGGAGGUCAAGAGGUCAACAUGCAGCACCUGACCUCGGGCUCUUGGGAGGUCACAGAGAUCCUGGCCUACGAUGAACAGCAGAGCACAGUGUAUUAUCUCAGUAAUGAGGCAGGAUUCAGCCAGAGACACCUGUACAGGGUGAGCACAAUGGACCCGUUCCAGCGCGAGUGUGUGAGCUGCUCCAUUUCCAGACCGCACUGCUCGUUCUAUGAAGCUUCACUGAGUCCAGACACACACGCCGUCCUGCUGAAGUGCAGAGGUCCAGGAAUCCCCAAAACCACUGUUCAUCUGCUCAGAAACAUCAGCGAUCAGGUGACUGUAGACGCUCAUCUGGAGAUGCAGGAGUUCCUCACACAGACACACACUCCAGUCAGACAAAUCAGGACUCUACAGCUGAACAACAACCAGGUGGUGAGACUUGAGCUCAGCUUCCCUCCACAGUUUGAGGAGAGUAAACUCUAUCCACUGCUGCUGCUGCUUGACAGCGCCCCCGGUGGUCAGCAGGUGACUGAGCUCUUCCGCCUGCAGUGGUCAGACGUGCUGGUCAGUGCUGAGGGUGUGCUGGUGGCCCGUGUGGAUGCUCGAGGCAGUGGGCUCCAGGGUCAGGAGCUCCUGCAGGGGGUGUACCGGCGCGUGGGACUGGCAGAUGCAGAUGACCAGCUCUCCGCUCUACAGUAUCUGGUGAAGCUGCCGUAUGUGGACGCAGCCAGAGUCGGAGUAUUCGGCGAGGCGUACGGCGGGUUUCUGAGCUCCAUCCUGCUGCUCUCACACACAUCUGUGCUGCGCUGUGGAGCGGCCCUGAGCCCAGUGUUUGACUGGCGGCUCUACGCUUCAGCUUUUACCGAGCGAUACUUUGGUUUCCCUGUACCGAAGGAGCUCAAAUACACGGUCUCCAGUCUCCUGCUCAACAACACACGCUCAGACGACACACACUUUCUGAUUCUGCAUGGAACAGCAGAUGCGAACGUUCAUUUUCAACACACGGCGGAGUUAGCGAAGCUGCUGUCUGCCAUUAAUGUCAACUACAGACUACAGAUCUUCCCUGACGAGGGACAUGAUGUGUCCAGCAGACGCUACAUGCUGAACUCGCUCAUCUCCUUCUACAGAGACUGCUUUAACGUCCACAUUGCUGUUGCCAUGGAAGCCAGUGAUGACGACUAGCAUCAGCAGCAUCAGAGGAAAGUCCAUUAGAUCUGUCUUAGUGACACGCUGACUGGUGAUGAGCAAAGUCACACUGACCGAGCUGAAAGAGGGAUGGUUGUGUCUGUUAGAGAGAAUCUGAACGCAUUACGGCAUCUUCAGGUCUACAUGAUCUCUCCAUCUCCAAAAGAGUAAUCAAGAUCAGUGAGCGACUGCAGUCACUGUGAGCUUCAUACCCUUCCUUUUGCUGCCCGAGAUCCUUUAUAAUGCAGUCUAGCAAGUUAAAGCACUGCUUCUAUUUUUGCACAAACCCUAGCACUGAUAGUAGAGCUUUAAAACCUGAACAUGCAAAUACUGCAGUGUGUCCACAUGACACAAUACACACGGCACAUCAACACAAGGCACAUCAGCACACAGCACAUCAGCAAGAGUUAAACUAUC